GAUCAUCUGUUCAGCGGAGGUCGAUACACGGUUGUAGUUUACGGGGGAACCUAAAGGGCGGAGGCGCCGUCGCGAUGGAUCCUAUAUUUGAGGCGGGAGAAACUUUUUGAGAUAAUCCUUUCAGUGUCGGAUCUGCGGUCUACCUCUUUGCAUGACUGAUUUGGGGCCUGUGAAUACCUGAUAGUGAUAUACUUUGCUCUGUAAUGUUCUCCAGUGAAAGUGCUUUCUGCGGAGAAGGCGUGGAGGGAAGAGUAUGAAAGCCUGAAAGCUGGAACGCAUUCCCAGGCUUCAAAAUGAAGUUCAAUCCAUUUGUGACCUCAGACCGCAGCAAGAAUCGCAAACGGCACUUCAAUGCACCAUCUCAUAUUCGUAGAAAGAUCAUGUCUUCUCCCCUUUCCAAGGAGUUGAGGCAGAAAUACAAUGUCCGGUCUAUGCCCAUCCGAAAGGAUGACGAAGUCCAAGUUGUCCGGGGCCAUUACAAAGGGCAGCAGAUCGGCAAGGUAGUCCAGGUAUACAGAAAGAAGUAUGUCAUCUACAUUGAACGCGUACAGCGUGAGAAAGCCAAUGGCACAACUGUACAUGUCGGCAUUCACCCUAGCAAGGUGGUGAUCACAAAAUUAAAGCUGGACAAGGAUCGUAAAAAAAUAUUGGAACGUAAAGCAAAGUCUCGCCAAGUUGGCAAAGAGAAGGGAAAGUACAAGGAGGAAACAAUUGAGAAGAUGCAAGAAUAAAAUGGACUCAUUUGUGAAACCCAUUAAAAUUCCAGUAAAAUCUAA